AUGACGCGCCCUAGCGUCCUACAACCCCUAACCCUCUGUUUAUGGAGUUUACUUCUUGCUGGGACGGCGGCACACCUUUUGCAAGACCGCGCCUAUAAAGACAAAUUCGACAACGUUUACUAUGUCACACAGGGCGAAUGGGCAUGCAGCGAGCUCAAGUUAGAGCGUAUCCAAUCUGGGAUUAAAGAGGCACAUAGACUUGCUGAAAAGUCUAUUAAUGUACUAAAGACUAGAGGUUCUGAAACAUCGCCUGCAUUUAGCCUGUGGUUUGGGAAGAGUAAUGCUACCCCUCAAAUGGUAGACAUCCUUCUUAUGCAACACUACCGAACCGCCUUGUCACAUCUACCUUCUCCUAAGAAUCCUAAGAAGACACGGUUUUAUUUUGACAAAGUCCCUAAAUUCAGGGCGAUUAAAGACGACAAGAAACCAACACUCAACUCUAUUGUCUACGCAUGUCCUCCUGAUAACGACUCAGCCAAGAUGUGUAGUCCAGAGAACUCGGCUACCGUUCUCUACAAGCAACGUGGCAAAUCUGCAACAAAACGCCCAACUAUACUAGGCUUCUGCCCCACCUACUUUAAGCAUGGGGUCUUUGCUAAAAACCUUGACAUGGUGGACAAUUAUCGGAGAGAUCGCAAGACUGAUAAGCCAUCCAGAGGCUUCCUAUUACUGCAUGAGCUUCAGCAUAUGUCAAAGGCAACGUCUCCCGACCCUCCUGCCGAGGACCUAGAUGCGCCGGCCUCCACCAGUUCUAGAAACAUCAAAUGCUAUUCUCCGGAAUGCUGUGCGGAACUCCCCGACUCUGAUAAGAUCCGAAAUGCCGAAAACUAUGCGCUCUUUGCCCUUCAUGUUGCCGCAUUCCCAGAAACUGGGAAACCAAUCGCGUGA